AGGGAGGGGGGUUUGAGCAAGCGAGCAGAUGAAAAGAGAGAGAGAGAUACGCUGUCCGGAACAGCAGGAGAAAUUGAGGCUGGUGGAAAUUUGGUCUCUGUUGCUUCAGCCUCAGCGUCCUGAAUUCCUCUCCACACGGACACAGCUGAUCCCACUACCUGCUCCGGCACCUUGCCUUCCGGACUGCUCGGAUUGAAGACACGGUGCACUUACAGCACACAGGCGUCUGCUGGCGGCACCACUGUCGUUAGUAAUUGAAACACAGCUUCAGGAGGUGCUGGGUCUCUCUUUUCAGCCUUGUUCUCCUCUUGCUCUGCCGAUUUGAAGAUUAACCCAUAUUUUGCUGCUGUUAAUGAUGGGGUAUCUCGUGUCGCUGGUACCCGGGCUGCCUUCCUGAGACACCCACCUGGCUGGAGAUCUGAAAGUUUUUUUUUUAACGACAAGCAGAGGCAGCAGGAGGGAGAUUGCUAUGCCGAGAUUGCUGAGGACUAAUUAAGCGAGAGAAGGUGGGCUUCCCGUUCCCGUCGGCAACGCUUCUAUCGGGAUCGGAGAGGCCACUGCACAGCGCAGCCCGAUCCCGCCCAGGUCCGGCUCCGGCUGUUCUGCAGGGACCUGCUUUCUGGACUCGGCGGCUCUUCUCUCUGGGAGCAGCGUGGAGGACCCGGAAAAGCGAGCCUGAUUUAUUCCCCCACCUCCAUCCCCGGAUCCCUCCGCUUGUUCCAGCUGCUGGCCUGGUCGCCCUCGGAGCCCGGUCGGGUCCCGUUAGCGAACUGCUCCUCGUGUCAUUGUGUGGCGUGUUCAGCCCAGGUCGUGAGCAAGCCCACCUGCCUCCUGCCUCCUGCCUCCUGCCUCCUGCCUCUGUGUGUGUGUGUGUGUGUGUGUGUGUGUGUGUGUGUGUGUGUGUGCACGCGCUGUGUUGAAAAUGAAAGAGGCUGUGAUUUAUCUGUAAGCCGAGGGGGGAGACACAGGGAGAGGUGCAGCCGAGCUCACAGUCUGCUCCAGGUUCGUGCUGCACAGGUCUGUGUUUACCGGGAAGCUGUGUGGCCAUCUGACCGUCUGACACACAGACAGGGGUCCUAGGGCUCGUGCCAGGCUCCUGUGCUCGGAGGAACAGAUGCUGAAGUUGCUGUAAUCUGGGGCUCUCUGAUACUGCAGCAAGAGAGAGAGAGAGAGCACCACCUUGUUGGAGCACUGGGAUUAUGAGAUGAAUAUUAGAUUAAUAUUAAAGGCUUAUAUUCACCAGCUUUGACCGAUAAAGACACACACACACACAGACAGGGAGAUCUGGCUGUCAGGCAGAGACACAGUCAUCUUAAGUAAGUUGCUUUCAUGGUCAGUUACUUGUUGAAUGCCUUUUUUCAAGAAAUGCAUUGAAGGAGAGAGACAGGAUAAUACAGCAACACUGUAAGAUAGGUGUUGGAAUGAAAAAAUGUAAAUAUACAUGUAAUUUUAUCUAUUAACUUAUUUUUCCUUAAGUGUUUCAGUAUUUGCUCUCACCUGUUCAUUAGGACUGUAAGAGCCUGCUCUUUGUCAACAGCUCAGCAGUUCUGAUUGAACUGGAGAGACUGGAGUGAAGAUGGCUUUCACCUUUAGUCGGCAUAGACACAGCAUUUAAAUCCAGUCCUGCCUGGCCACUUUGCUAUGAUCUAUUGAUCCCUUAUUGAUUUUGCCAUUGGUCAGAAAGAACAAUCCCAGGUGGUAUCUGUGUCAGGAUCUUUUAUUAAGACAUUAGCCUGCGGGAGGUAAUACAAUUAAAUUCAAUUACAGACAACAAAUACCUUGACAUUUCAGUAGGUAACCAGGAAAGAGACAGAGGGGAGUAGAUUUAGGGGGAGACAACGUUUAAAACAACGACCCGAGAGAGAAGACUAGGAGAAGGAGCAUCGCAGUGUUACAGGACAUGCCCUGUGGCCAUCUGGCACACGGUGGCUGGGAGGGGCCAUGAGGACUGGCCACCAGCGUUGUCUCUUGUGCUUCCUCUCUGGAAGGGGACAGGACUGAUUUCUCAGCUCAGGGAGCCACUACAAGAGCCGCAGACAAUUGCACAGACAGUUCCAGGCCUCCCCAGGCACUGAUGUGUAUCUUCUACUGAUGUGCGUUUAAGCCCGUUGAAGGCCUGCUGUGGCCUGUGCAGCUCUGAGAGCCGUGGAUGCUCCAGGCUUGUAGCUGUGGCUUCAGCACCCCAGGGGAGGUUGGGCUGAGGGCUGUGAUCCCUCUGUGCACCGCAGAGCUUCAGAACGUCCUGCACAGCUAAGCGACUGGCUCCCACAGCCCAGGGGAGGACCGGCGCUCGGGGCUGGGGUGAGACCUCCGAGGAGCAUCUCUCUAGCGCCGGGCUCGCUUCGCUGUCCUCUCGGGCCCGCUCAGAGCCUGCCGGUCGGCGAGCUGGUCAGUCUGCACCGGCUGCACUACCUGCUGUGGUCUCCUGGUUUACUCUCCCGGCCUGUCUGCCCACCUGUCCAGCAGUCAAGGCCUGGGACCCGGCGGAGAGACACCCCCGUGGAAAAUGCUGCGUGGCUUAAACAAGUCCACCGAUGAGCCUGGCAGUUUCAUGUUAAAUGAGUUGAAGAGGCUCAAGAGAGAGGCCCUGUAGAGAGAGAGAGAGAGAGAGAGAGAGAGAGAGAGAGAGAGGCGGAGGCCAGGACAGAUCCUGAGCCAGAGAGUGCUCACAGGUAGAGCUUCAAGCCCGAGGCGGUCCAGGACUGAGCUGGGGGGGAGGGGGGCGUGUCGAUGGAGUGUCCGGUCCUCUCCUGUCCCCCUGGGUGAAUCCAUCGGCACUGCAGGGACAGCUUGACUCCCUCUGCUCUCCCUUCGGAUCCUUCCUCCCAGUCGUUCUCUGCCAGGCCCCACCUCGCCAGCCAUGGAGCUCCCCAACACCUAACAGCUGGGAGAAGUUCACUUCAGACUUGUUUGAAUAUAUAUGUAUAUGUAUAUAUAGUGCAUAUAUAUACAUAUACAUAUAUCGCCAGCAUCGUUUUUCAUACAAAACUGCUCUAGAGCUGGAAAAACCCAGCAAAUCUUGAACCCUGCCAUUACAGUUCGGGGGUGGCUCCCUGGAGCAUCAGAAACUGUCCCAUUUUGAAAAGCUAAGCAAGAGCGAUCGGGAGCUGGAACAAGUGAGAGACGGCUCUUUGCUCUGGAUUAUUGAAACAAUUCUUCGGGCUCCUGGAUUAAACAUUCCCCCUGCACACCUCGCUCCAGGAAUCGAGUUCUGGUUCUGAUCCAGGAUACCAGCUGGAGAGGAUUUAUAGUGGAUUCUAUUCUAUCUUGGAUUCCUGCUUCGACCUCAUCUGAAGGCCAAGGCGGGACGGAGACUGUGGGAUUACAGUGGGUCCGGGUUGAGCUGAGCCGAGCCGAGCCGAGCCGGGCUGCGACGGGCUGCUGGGGCUGACUGUGCAGCUCUACCACCAUGGGUUGUAACAUGUGUGUGGUCCAGAAGCCAGAGGAACAGUACCGGGUCAUGUUCCAGGUGAACGGGAAGGAGCUGUCGCGCCUGUCCCAGGAGCAGACUCUGGAGGCACUGCGAGCGUCCCGGGACCCCCUGGUCAUCCAGGUCCUGAGGAAGAGCCCGCGGGUGAAGGGGGGGGCCGCGGGGGGCACAGGGGGUCAAGGGGGUCCCGCUCCAGCCCUGGACUUUGUGGACAAUGGCACCCAGACUGACAUCAGCUUUCAGCACAUCCUGGCCCUGGGCAAGCUGCAGCCUCCCUCCCCGCCUCUGCCGCCCCUGCUGGAGCCCUACGUGCUGUCCGAGCUGCCCGCCUUAGAGCACGAGUAUUACGACCCCAACGACUACCUGGACAGCUCCCACCACGAAGUGGACAGGCAGGACGAGCUGGAGUAUGAGGAGGUGGAGCUGUACAAAUCGAGCCAGCAGGACAAGCUGGGGCUGACCGUGUGUUACCGCACGGAUGACGAGGAGGACCUGGGAAUCUACGUGGGGGAGGUGAACCCCAACAGCAUCGCGGCCAAAGACGGGCGAAUCCGAGAGGGUGACAGGAUACUGCAGAUCAAUGGCAUGGAUGUCCAGAAUCGGGAGGAGGCUGUGGCCAUCCUGACCAGAGAGGACAGCACGAACAUCUCCCUCCUGCUGGCCCGGCCGGACAUCGAGAACGACAACCAACUGGACGCCGCCGACCUGGACGCCGACCUGGCCGGGCUGGGCGUGGACUCCCUGGACAACGCCGCCCACCUGCCCCCCGACCUGCAGGGGGAGCCCUCUCCCUGCGUCCAGCUCUCCAGGGACGGGCACGGGCUUCACGGAGAGCUCUCCUGUCCCUCCGCCGGACCCCAGGGGCACUUCUGCGCCAACACAGACGUGCCCGGGUGA